AUGGCCAGGUCAUCCUCCUCGACUCUGAAGCCAGAAGACCCUGUCUACAAUCUUUCAGACGACUCUUCCGGUGUCAAAGCGGAUCUGGCAGACGCGCACCAGCGGCAUACAAAAGUUAGGGCGUCUAAAAAUGAACAACGGAAGGUGCUCGGUUACCAAACGGUCCUGCAGCGUAUGGUCGUCGAAGCGGCAGGGCCACCGUCGCCAAAUCCCUGGGACGCCGACAAACCUCGAGCGAACGAAGGUGCCACAUUGGAAUCAUGGGAGCGACAGAUUCAGCUUCUCGACCCCCAUGAUUCUCCCAUAUACAGCAUCCGGAACCCCCUGGUAGGGAGGCUGCUAGAAAGUCUGAUGAUCGAUUUUGGGCGACCAACGCAUUCAUCUUUCAUGGAUGACACCUACAACGUUUAUCUGUCGCAACAGGAACGCGCGGCAAUCAGUUUUCGAGCUUUCAAGAAAGUGGUGGUUGUGUAUGGAGAUCCGUUGUGUGACAGCAAGAAGGCAAGCUAUGUCUUUGAAGAGUUUCGGCGCUUCUGCAAGAGGAGGCACUGUCGCGUGGCCGUCGUCGGCGCGAGCUCCAACCUUGCUGCGCACGCCCAAACAAUGUCCUGGGUUUGUAUGGAGUUUGGAGUCGAAAAGGUAUUCAACCCGAUGCGAAACGAGGUCCUGAACGAGAGAGCCGGAAAAACGAUCACAAGAACCAACAGGAAAUUGGUCCGUGAUGGUGUCGUCCUCUUCCUUUACGAACCUCGGCGGGGCGUUCUGCCUCAGUUGGAGCAAGAGCUCAGGGACGUCUACACUGGUUGGAGAGAGGAACGAAGGUUGAAGAACGUCCCACAGGCUUAUUCUGCGGUCGUCGACCCGUUUGCCCUAUCCGGUGUCACACGCUAUUUGUUCACCAGAGGACCGGACGGAAAACCGAAUAGUCUCGCCGGACUGAUAUGGCUGGGAAAUUCUUCCGGAUAUCUGCUGGAGCCAUGCAUCCAGUCCGCGUCGGCGCCGAAAGGGACCACUGGCUUCUUGGUGACUCACGCCAUGGGCCUCCUGCGAGACGAGAAUGUUCACUACAUGACUUUCGGCGUCGAAGCAAUGCGUCACUUGGGCGAGAUUACCUCGAUGUCGUCUUUUACGGCUAAAAUGUCCCGUCGCGUCUAUUCUGCCGUCUCCGAUGCCUUCGAUUUGGAAGGUCGACAGAUCUUUCAUCAGUCCUUCUAUCCAGAAAAAGAUCGGCACGAUCCCUUGUAUCUGCUAUUUCCUCCAGGAAUUCUUCAUUUUUCCAUGUAUCAAGCUGUUCUGAAGGCUAGUCACGUCAGCCCGCGCGUUGUCUGGAGGCACUGGCAAACCGAUCGAUCUUCGAAACGACAGGAAGGAAACUCGACACGACAGGAAGGAAAGCCACCGAGAGUGUCAACGGUUGUCGAAGAAAAAACCAAAUGA